UCUUAUCGCCGCUGACUUGUCUUGCCGGCGCAGAUUCAAGAUGGCCGCCACGAUGAUGAACAGAGUUCGACCAUCAAUGCUCAACUUGCCUUUUCGUUAUGGCGUUUGUCUCUCGCACAGGGCGUUUAGCGCUGCUGCGGAAACGAGUGCCCCAGAUCGCAAGACUAUCAGAGAGGCGAAGAAAAUGAAUAGGGAGAAAGGCAUGGAGAUUCAGUCAGCUUACAAAUCGAGAGUGAACGAUGUGGUCAGUACGUUUCGCGAAGAAAGGAUCGAGCAAAUGAGACUUCGCCAGGCAGCUGAAGGUGAGCAGCAAAAGCUACUGGAGCGAGAAAAGAUCGCGGAAAAGAGGAUUAUUGAGGGAGUAGAGGCCGAAAAUGCGAUGUUGGCUGAUUUAAGACAAGAAAGAAUUGAAUUAGAAGAAUGGAAAAAAACAUAUCACCAAAUGAAGAAGAAAGCUAAGGCAGCUAAAAGAGAAGAAGAAUUGAAGGAGAUGAGAAUAGAAAUGGUCAAUAAAGCUAUUGAGGAAAGUAAAGAGUUUAUUACUCCAGACAAUCUUGAUGAAAAGAUUGCAUAUGCUUUGGAGAAUGAGACGAAUUAUAACUUUGCACUGACUCCAGAGGGGAAAAAGCUUCAUUCAACCCGACCACCUGGUAAUGCUAACAUGGACAUGCCAGGACCAGCAGCUUUCGUGCUCUCUCCAAACCGCAAAGACUUGACAGCUGCUGCUGAGAAUCUUCUCCAGGAAAAUGAUAGUGAAACAUAACCUGAUUUAAAGUGAGGUUGAAAUAUUGAUUACCAUAAAUGAUUUAAUAAACACCCCCUAUCUAAAGAACGCCUCCUAUCUAAUGAACGCCUCCCCCCAUAAGCUUUCAAGUUUGUAUUGAACGCCCCUCUCUAAUAAACGCUCCCCUCUAUUUAAUAACCCCCGCCCCCCCUCCCAGUGUAAAUAUAAAUGAAAUUAAAUUGGAUUCUUGCUAUAUCUGAGCUUGGCAUAUACAGGGUGAUACAUGCUCAAUGUCAAGAAAGGCUUGCCACACUUGCUUUAAUUUACUUUAUCCUGACUAAGAUAAGAACCCCACUGCACUUUGGUUUGUUAUAGUUUGCAAAGAACGCCCCUCUCUAAUAAACGCUUCAGUUGAAAUUUAUUAAACACCCCGGGCGUUUAUUAGAUCAUUUACGGGAAUUACUGUUACUUUAAAAUGAAAUAAAGUUAUGUGUUUCUUGUUUGAUUUCUAUUAUAGUACAUUUCUAAUUUGAAAAA